AGCUGGGAUACUGUAGAGGCUCUCAGUAGAGUAUCUACACAUGUCAAGAUAUCAACCUGUUAUCUCCGCCGACAAGGGAUCCGGAAGCGCAUUCCGUCUUCCAAGCCAAAAUGGAGGCCGUCGCUCUAGCUUGGCAUGUGCGCGAGGGAACAAUUGCGGGGAAGCUUCCAGCUGCCACUCAGCAACCACGAGCGGGAGAGAGAGUCGAUCACAAGGCAGAGUAACCGGAACAUCCACCACAAACUCCAAACUGUCACCUUUCAUACACAGCCCACUUACUGGACGCGCGGCAAUGGCAAUUGCUGCUUUGCAUUCUUAGAAAGGCCUUCGACAUCGUUUAUCACCCUUGAAAUAUCUUUGAGAUCCGCUGACAAGGACACGCCUGCUGGGAGCUUUUUUGAUAGUUGAUCAAUCCACCAAGCAUUGGCUACUUUUCUGCCUAGACUGCAGCACCCCCCCGCGCAAGCCGGAUUGCCGUAACGAGACCACAAAGCAAAAAAGCCUCUUCUUUCACCACUCGAAAUAUUUGUUGUUUUCUUCGUCUUCUACCCUUUGGUCAUUGAGGAUCACCUGCGCCCGACACAGCAGCAGCCAUGGGAAUCAACAAUCCGCUCCCUUCGAGCUUAUCCUCCGAAUGCAAAAAGUGCGGCAAGAUCCUCUCCUCGUUCAUCGACCCUAGACAAGCCUUUGGACCCGAGAAGGUCAUCCCGCCAUCUGUCCUCGCCAACGCCAAGGGCCUCGCUAUCCUUACUGUGAUCAAAGCAGGCUUUCUCGGAUCCGCCCGUUUCGGCUCCGGCCUCGUCGUCGCCCGCCUCCCCGAUGGCUCCUGGAGCGCCCCAUCCGCAAUCGCAACCGGCGGUGCUGGCUUUGGUGGCCAGAUCGGCUUCGAGCUGACAGAUUUCGUCUUUAUUCUCAAUGACGCCAGCGCUGUCAAGACCUUCUCCCAGGCUGGCUCCCUCACACUCGGCGGCAAUGUGUCAAUAGCUGCUGGUCCUGUAGGCAGAAACGCAGAAGCUGCCGGCGCUGCCUCGCUGAGAAGUGUGGCCGGUAUCUUCAGCUACUCCAAGACAAAGGGAUUAUUCGCCGGUGUCUCCCUCGAAGGCUCAGCCAUUAUCGAGCGCAAGGACGCCAAUGCUAAGCUCUACGGCCGACAGAUCUCGGCGAGGGAACUCCUGUCUGGAGCCGAGCGCCCACCGUCGCAGGCUUAUCCCCUGAUGAGCAUCCUCAACACUCGAGUUUUCAACGGUAUGGCGGCCGGUGGAUCGAUGGACAACAGAAUGUACAACGAUGUACCGGUGUAUGACGACCACGAAGACCCGGUUGUCUGGGGUAACAAGACUGGCCAAGCUUAUGGGGAGGGGCAGUCGAGGAACCGGGACAGUGUGCCUGCGGGGAGCAGUGGACAGGGAGAUUACUAUGCGCCACCCAAGAGAUCUUCCACGUGGCAGGAUCCGGUUUAUGAUCAGGAGCCCAGAUCGUUUGGGCAGGGGUCGAGGUCGAGCACGUAUGCGGAUAAUUCUUUUGGUGGGGCCGCGACAGGAGAGAAGAAGGCUCCGCCUGGACGGCCGGCGGCGCCGAAGCCGAACUACGCGGGUAAGGAAGCCAUGUUGAAGAAGAAUGAGGCUAUUGCACUGUUUACCUUUGAGGCGGUGGAGCCGGGCGAUUUGGGAUUCAAGAAGGGGGAUGUAAUUACUGUCUUGAAGAAGACGGAUAAUGCUACGGAUUGGUGGUAAGGUUUGACAUUUGAUGAGAUGGUUUGGAGGUUGAGGCUGACACGAUGAUUUAGGACGGGCAUGAUUGGAACGAAACACGGUAUUUUCCCCAGUAAUUAUGUCAAGAUGAAGGAGUGAUUAGGGACAAUUGUUUGGAGGGAGGUGUGUGCAGUGGCAAGAUACCCUUGAAAGGUGAGGAUGGGGAUGGGGACGCGUUUCGGUUCGUUUCAACGUUUGAGAAUCCUCGCUCAACGAUGACCUUUUUUUCUUCCCUUGUGCAUGGUAGCAUUUGAGUCGAGUUUUGGUUGUGGCGUUUGGUGGGAAAUGGGACUACAAAUGGAUUUUCUUGUUGUGUUUGAUGAUUCUCUUCUUUGUUGGUUUUCGUGUUUGUUUUUUUGAUGGAGGGUUGGAUGCAUACGUUUUUUUCUUGUGUGGUUUGAAGUCGAAGGAGAUCGUUGACGGAGAUGAGGAGAGGGUUGCGAUGAAGCACAUCUGACGUGGGGAGAUGGAGGAGAUGGAGACAGAUUGGUGAUGAUGUACGCAGUUUGUGUAGUGCUUCUGGGUAGAUAGGAUGAAGUAGUGAACUUUGAGAUUUGCAACAAGGGUGGUUGAUGUCUGAGUUAGGUGUGGUGUGAUGUGGUGAGUAGUGGGAGAGGGUGAUGAUGGCAGUGGUGAUGGCUAACGAUGGCAGGUGAUGUUGAGUGUGGAUGUGGUGAGGGAGAUCAGAGUGAAGAUGGAUGAUGGUGAUCGUGAUGGUGGACGACGACGACGCUUGAUGAUGGGGAGAUUGGACGACGAUGGCAGCUGUUGAUGGUGGCAGUGGGUAAGUAAUGAUGCUGCUCAACCUACUCAUGGAAGAGAUGGGACACCGGAGGAGGGGUUUUAGGUGUCGGGUUUGCACCAAAUCAAGGCAGCACCACAACGACUGUAUCGUUGCGUACGGCACAACCUGUCGAGACGGCCUGGGCUCCUCAAGGAGGUUCGCUAGUCGGAAACCAAGGUCGCAGGUUCGAGUCACAUUUUUGUUCUACGAUCUUGGGACCGCAGCCUCGCCCGGCCUCGUCGCCCCCUUCAAGGGGGUGCGGCAGUGAUUGAAGAACCUAUGCUCCGCGAGGUCCCCGGUUGGGGUGCAGUUCAUUGAUCCUCGUUUGUUGUGGAUGGCAUGGAGAGUGGGUAUGGAUAGAGGGUAUGGAUACUGGACAUGGGCGAAUUUUUUUUUUCCGCGUGGAUAGAGAGACGAUGGGUAUGGAUGGAGGAGAUUGGAGCUGGGAUUGAUGAUUUUGAGUUAAGGUGUUCUUUCCGCACCAGGGGAUAUUAAAUUCAGACACAACUGAAAUGGACAUGUGGUGUAAUGCGCAACAUAGCCAGUAUAGCGCUCUCACCCGUAGCGACGGUUCGAUUCCCACCUGGGUAAAUGGGCUUUGCCUGGGUGUGCCUAUUGCACUCAGUGCAUUCUUGGAAUCGGCUUAAAGGGUUGACUUAGUCGCCAAUUCGACGCUUGACGUUCUUCUUCUGUUCUCUUUCUCUUUGAUAUCAACAAUUCAGCAAAUAUGUCGCCACGAGCAGGCAGACCGGUCCCCGGUGGGUGGAGUUGCGUGCUGGAAGAUUCUCUCCGAGGCGGGUCAUUGUGUCUUCUUUUUUUCUUCCCCCAUCUCACAUGUAAAUGCAAGGUGCAGCUGUAACUCUUUUUAACCUUCUAUCCAAGAAGGUUGUUUAUUCUUAAGUAUCUCUAUUCAAGAGGGCGCUUGUGGAUUUGUUGAUGCUUAUAUUCUAGAUACCAUCGUUAAGGUCGGGAUGUCUCUCUGGGCAAAGAGGCCGCGAAUUGGUAGCUAAGAUACAUACAGUCACCUAUUUGUAUUUUAUUCUUCGACAUUUUUUUUCACCCUUGAUUGUCAUCAAGUGGACUUAAAAA